CCUAGAAGAUUUCCCUGUGGGAAGUCAAGUGCAGUCGCGACCAGUCUCUGCAUCAGGAUUAGCAGCAGCCCGGGGAGUCGAUACGCCAAGGGCUCGUCGCGGACGUGUCUCGGGGCCGUCGAUAGUGACCGCGCCGCGAGGAGAGAGGGUUGUGGUUGGGGGCUGGGGGGUUGCGCUGCGCUGCGGGCUGCGUCGUCUGCUACUGCAGAGGGGGCCGCGAAUGUGGGUCACUUUUAAUUCCUUGCUGUGCGAGCCUGCCGCGGGGGCUUUGGGGAAGAGCUCCGCCGCCUUGGCUUUGGCGGGCGUGAGUUGAAGGCCGCGGUGACGUACCGGGCCGACCCGAAAGCAAACGCAGCCAACCGCAGUCCGUCGCUGCUCGACGCAGAGAGGUGUCGUUACAUAACCUGCAGCCCGCCUGGACUUUGUCUUAUCAUUUUAAGCGUCGCGAGACCUCCGCGCCCAGUGUCAGGACGGCACUGUGUCGUCGGAGCAUUCCUAGACUGUCGCUGUUCACGUAGCUGAGUUUCUACAGCCAUGGCUGUUCAAAUAUUUGAUGACAGCCAUUUGGCCAUCUGUGCUAUAAUCACAGUGGCAAUGCAGCUCAUUUUCUUCACCAUUGCUGCAACUUUUCAGUUUGAUAAAGUUACAGACUUUGCUGGUGGUGUGAACUUCAUCAUCCUUGCAGUUGUCACAUUGUGUCUUGGACAGACUUAUGACAGUCGACAGGUUAUGGUCACGUUUUAUAUAUGCUUGUGGGGAGCACGUCUUUCAGGUUACUUACUUUAUCGAAUCAUAAUCAUAGGACGAGAUAAAAGGUUUGAUGACAGGCGCAGUAACAUUAUCCGUUUUGCAGUAUUUUGGACCUUUCAGGCAAUUUGGGUGUUUGUUGUCAGCUUGCCAGUUAUUUUCAUAAACGCCCCUCACAAUGCUAUCCCCAAAACCGCCAAGACUAUGACUCAACUGGAUUCGGCAGGGUCAGGUCUGUUUAUUAUUGGUCUUUUGACAGAGACAUUUUCAGAUCUCCAGAAAUUCCAAUUCCGUCAGGAUCCUGCCAAUAAGGGGAAAUGGUGCAAUGAUGGAUUGUGGGCAUGGUCACGUCACCCUAACUACUUUGGAGAAAUUGUUCUGUGGUGGGGAAUUUUCAUAAUUUCCAUAAAUUGCAUAAAAGGUGCUGAAUGGGUGGCAGUCCUGUCCCCUAUUUUCACAUCCCUGAUUUUGCUGUUCCUGUCUGGUAUUCCACUCCUGGAAAGAUCAUCAGAUGAAAAGUUCAGAGAUAAUCCAGAGUACCGGUACUAUAAGAAGUCUACCUCUCCCCUUAUACCAAUGCCACCAGCUUUCUAUGUCGAGGUUCCAAGAUUUUUAAAGUUCAUAGUUUGCUGCGAAUUUCCCCUUUACAAUUCGCUGCAUCCCAAAGAACCAGUACCUGGAGCUAACAUUGGUACUAUUGGAGGCACCAUCGGGACCAUUGGAAGCAGCAAGGGAGCUACGGAGAUGUAGCUAAUAGCCAAAGUCAGUUCAGGUGACAGCAGAGGAGAGAAAGCGCAUGCUGUUUAAUUCCCUCUUUGAACUGGCUUUUAAAACUAAAAUUUUCAAAUGUAGUUGAAAUGACAACACAUUUGUCUUACCUUUGUCUUAUGUCCAUUUUGAACCAAUUGGUGAAAUCAAGUUGAACACGCGUUCAAUUGAUUUUGAUUUGGUGUAAAGUUUUGUAUGCAAACUGUCACACGACUUUGUGCAGUACUGUUGCUUUUAACAAUUCAUCUCUAAAAUUAACAUCUUAUUUGCUCAAAAAGCCAUCUUGCUAAAUUUUUCAAUGGAAUUUGAAUUAAUUCCAUUCAGGAAUUGCAAGCCUUACACAAACAGUGGUGAAAAGUAUUCCAGUGCCAUUUAAUUGUUUGUGAUGAACAAGACCAAUAUAUCAGUAUCUCUGCAUUAAGUACUGUGAGUAUGCUUUGUAUUUAAACAAAGUACGAUUUGGCCCCACACGGUAUAAACACUUCCUUGAUGUUCAAGGACCAAGACACUGAUUCAAGGACGCCCCAUGUGUUUUUCCCUACCCCCUAGGUCCUUGGAUACCAAGGAGCUGUUUUUACCGUUCAGUUAUAAAACAUCACAAAGGAAAGAACUUCUCAAAUGUUAAUGUAUGUGCUCCCUAGAUGUGCCAGGUCUAUCUUUUCUGGCUGUCCAAAAAUAUACACUGUCUUGGUCAGGAUUGUCAUGUAUAUCAUAUUUAAUAAUAUGUAAAUAAUUGAUUUGUUUCAUUAAGCUCAUCAUGUUCAUUAUUGGUCACAAUUAUUUUCUUAUUCAUAAUAGGUAGAUGUACAAUAGCAAUUCUCAUGGCACAAGUUAAAUGCUCAGGCAUUAUUAGCAGUAGUCUAAAAACAUCAAAUUUAUAUUUUUGUGAAUUUUGAUCUCAUGCACUCUUGCACAAGACAUGUAAAUUCAUGUUACUUUUUACAACAUGUAAUGUAAUAAUGCAUUGUUAUUGUUUUAUGGGAUGUGUUUUGUUUCAUUUGUAUGGUGACAUUAUUCUUGCAUCUCUUUCUGUGUUCAUUUUAUUUGACUUGUAAAAGGUGAAAAAUGAAGUACUAUUAAUUGCAUUUAAAAAUACUGUGAUUGUUCUGAUUUGCUGCAUCAACAAUUGAUGUAAUGGGUGACUUCCUCCUUGUAUCUUCCCAUGUCAGAUUACCUUUGCGUUGUGAAUCUAAUGCUAAAACAUCAGCCUCUGUGUUAUUCAUUUCAACUUCAUAAAAUUUCUGGUUUUGUAACAUUUUAGUUAUGAAUUGGAUGAACACAAUGAGAAGAAUUACUAAGCCAAAGUAGGAAUUUUUUUGCACAUUCAACGUUCUGUCGGGCAUCAUUUGGUACUUGACCCAGUGGUAGUUGAACUUUGUUUGUACGCAUAUAACAUACAUUUUAGAUCAAAAAUUAUCUUGCCAUAUCAAUCCCUGAAUUUCUUUAAAAUGAUGUGUAAUGUAAUGCAAGAUCAAUUAACAAUGAAAGACACUAGUAAAAUCAAAUACAUAGACUAAUUUUACUUUAUCGUUCUUCCAAAUUUUUCUCAUAGCUAGCUCUAGUCCUAAUUUCAAAUUUCGAUGAACAUAAAAUGGUUUUACCAGGUAUUAGUUAUAGCGCUAGUAAAAUUCUAAAUGAGAAUUUAUUACAUAGCACAAAGUCUGGUCCUUUAGGCAGUGUAGCAUUUAGUAAUAUCAAGGGGCUACUUUUGUUUAGUCUACAUUUUCCAUAUUCCAUAAUAUUGUAAUAGCCAUUAGCAACAAUGUAGUUUGAAUACAAAAGAACAAAGUGAAUCCAAUUUUCCAUAAGAACUAACUAACUAUUCAAUGGCAAAAGACAUGCUGAAGACUUGAUUGAAAAUGUGUUGUGCUAUCAGAGACGAUACAAAAAUAAAGGGGACACAUGUGCAUGUUCUAAAGUAGUUAUGACAAUGGCAUUGUGCUGUUGUCAAGUCAAAAAUUUUGCUUCAAACUGGUUACUUAUAUGUUGAUGUUCAUGAUGUUUCUGAUAUCAUUGGUAUAAUAUUUACUGUCUUCAACUCAAAUACUGUAGCAGAAAAUUUGUUUUUAAAAUUAAUUAGUAGUUGCUAGAGGUUACCAAAACUGAAAGUUGAUUUCUUGUGUUGGAUUUUGGCUCAUUACUUUGUUGCGAAUGUGCCUUGUUGUUGGAUAUGAAAUGAAGUUAAGUUUGCAAAAUAUCUGUUCAUAUAUAUUGAGAGGUGUGGGACCAAUGUGUUUGUGGCGGUAAAUAUAUCUAAAUUUUCAGUGCAAGCUUUUUAUUUGCUUUGCUUUGACUAACACAGCUACUUUAUUGUAUCAAAUCUGCUUAUUCUCUUCAUGUUUUCCAAAUUUUGGGGGAUUAUUGUAUGACUUCUUUGAGCGUAAUGCUAAACUUCUGAUAAAUAUGUUUCGGAUUACUAAUAGGAUGGAAUCUUGAUUCUAAUCUUUUUCCAAACGUCUUAUUACUACCAAUGCACAUUUUAAUUUCCUGUACUAUUGAAGCGAUCUUAGUUUCAUUAUUUGACAUUGUUUAGAGUUCUUUCAAAUUCUGUAAACUAAGGAUAAAUACCCUCUAAAUAUGGUUACAAAUUAGAUAGGAUGAAAAUGAAGUAGGGUAUUCAGAAAUUGUGUUGCAACAUGUGAUGAUUUCGUGAGAUGAUCAAUAACUAUUCAAAUAUGUAAGGCUGUGUGUGAUAUCUUACUGGCUGGAUUUGAAAUGUGAAUGAAUUACCUAUGCACCCAGUAUUAGAAGUGUUUUUCUCAAUCUGUUGUGAGAUAGCCCUGUUUGUAUAUGUAUGAUACAAAUUAGUUAUCAGUAGAAGAGAAAAGCAGUGCAGUGAGAAGGCAACUGUGUGCUGGCGCACAGUGUCCUUCAACCCUAAACGUCCGAUAUUUUGUUUCUCCAGCCAUUGUUUCCGUUUUCACGGGUUGUGAUAUUUUAAAGCCUCAAGACAGAAGUAGGCCCUAUGUUAAUUGUUAAAUGGGCUGUUUGUUGUGAAGAGGGGUACAGCUGAUAUUCAUUUUCAAAUUGUUUAAAAGCAAUUUUUAAAUCAGACUAACACAGUACUAUCCACCUAUCUAGUUUUAACGCUGUAAUUAAUUCAGCCAGCAACCUAAUUUUAUUUUAGGGUAUUGUUUGUGCAAGUUUAAGUACCAAGCAUGUUGUCUUUCUUUACUUACACACCUUCAUGAAAGUAUUACUGGAGUUAAGAAAUAAACUGGUUUGAACAUUGUA